GCCCCCUGUGCUGUCACCGCCGCGCCCCCCUCCGGCCGUGGCCGGGACUCGGUGCACGGGAUGCCGGGAUGUUUGCCGCCCCGCUACCGGCUCCUGGACCUGUUGCUCGCCCUGGUGGGAACCUUCGCCUUCUUGGGGGACCUCUGCGCGGACGUGUGGAGCGCCCUGCGUUACUACCAGGCCGGGAACCCGCUGUGGGCAGCGCUGCACCUCGGCCUUUUCCUCCUCUCCUCUGCCGUGCUGCAGCUGCUCAGCUGGGGCUGGUUCUGGGCAGACAGAGCGGACUGGACGCGGCACGAUGAGGAUGUGCCAGUCUCGGAGAUAAGGAGCAAUGGUACCAGGCACCAGGAGGAUAGCACGGUGCCCAGUGCCACAGAGAGCGCGUCCAGCGCCGGGGGAUGCUGCACAGACGGGGCACUGGCCGCCGGGAACUUGGCCGGAGGUUUCCCUGAAGACAUGACGCCUGCCAGUGCCGGGCACUCACCCCAUGCAGCGGCUCUGCCCGCCGCCACCAGUAACGGAGAGACUGUCCCUGUCCAGCCGGGCGCCUGUAACCCGGCACCUGGCGACCCGGGUACAGAGAAGUGGGUGUGCUGCCAGCCUGGUGUGGAUGCGGAGUAUGAGCACUUCAUGGGGCACUUCCAGACAUCUAAAGUCAUACUGAGACCCUCCUGUCUCCUAGUACCGCACAUUCUCCAGCUGGGUUAUCUGCUCAGGUGUAUACAUUCGCUAGAAGUGGGUAUAGCAGCAUACAGAAACCCGAAGUCCAGCCAGUAUCAGGACUAUGCCUACUUCCUGACUCAUGAUAUCAGCAUGAUGCGACUUGUAGAGACCUUUCUGGAGAACACACCUCAGCUCAUCCUAGUGUUGUAUAUAAUCAUCCAGCAAGAAAUGGUACACACCUUUCAAUAUGUCAGCAUUUCCAUAUCAUUUAUCUGUACAAGCUGGGCAAUCUUGGACUACCACCAAUCACUGAGACUGUUCCUACAGGAUAAAAAUAAGCUUGGCACAUUCUCCUCCAUCAUCUUCUUCCUAUGGAACUUCUGCCUUAUUUCUGCCCGAAUCCUGUGCAUCACCCUCUUCACAGUGGUCUUUCGGUGGCAGAUUGGUCUGCACUUUCUUACUCUCUGGCUUGCUUUCUUUAUAUGGGCAAAUCUACAGCAAACAGACUUUAUGAAGAGCCAUAUUCUAGAGUUUCUUUACAGGGCUACAGUGGCUGUAAUCCUAUACUUCUCAUGGUUUAACAUUGCUGAUGGCAGAACAAUUUACAGAUGUAUUCUGUACUAUAUAUUUAUCACUACAGACAGUAUGUUGCUUAUAUUGUCAUGGAAGUUUCUAAAGUACCCAUCCAUUUUGGAGGAGUACGAAAUGCCUCUUCUCAUGACUGUUGUUCUAUGUUUCAUCACCGGCCUCCUGCUGAGGUGGAUGUAUUAUAAGCUUGUACACCCCAAUGUCUACAGGGAAACCAAACAGCAGUAUGAUGAACCAGACAGUAUUACAGGGGAAGGACCAUACAGGAUGUUUGUGGCCGCAGUAAAGACUGAGCGACAAAACAAUAGAAUGUUCUAUUUAGCAAAGCAGUUAUGUUAAGAUGGUAUAACAUCAGAUGUUAUUGAGCACUUGAUACCUUAACUUAAAUAGAUUAUAUUUAUUAUUACCUCAUGCACAUAACUGGAAAAUGCAUUUAUAUAUACAAUAUAUUUUAGGAAGAAUGGGUACAGAUUUAUAUGGGCAGGUCAAUUAGAAGUGAAUGUCCCCCAAACUUCACAUACUAUUUGUUUUUCUUUUAUACUUCAUGUGUAGUCCAAAGGUGCACAUCAAAUUUAUUAUAUCACCACUAGUUGAUAAUGAUGGAUUAAUGAGUCAAUAGGUGAUGCUUCAGCGUCCUCUAAAACCACAAUUACCAGAUCGAUAGAUAUAUGUACACACACAGUAUCACUGGUCAAUCAACUUACAAUUUGUGUUGAUAAAGAAGCACUUUCUGCUAAUGUCUAACCAAAUUACUAAGCCUGAGGCUAAUGAAAAGUAUACCAGUAUGUUUAACGUUAGAAUACCUACAUGGUUAGAAUACUGUAAGUAGCAGUACAAUCGUAUCUGAAUCCUGGCGCUGGCAUUCUCAUUUUAACAUAAUCAGUGUUGACAUAGCGAUUGUUGAAAUGGGAUGUAUUCACGAUUCAGACAGUCAGCAUACCGACACCGGGAUCCCGGCUGCCACAAUGCCGUCAGUGGGCCGAGGGCUAUUCCUGCUCAUGGGUGUCCACGAUACCCAUAGAGUGGGAAUAUUACUAAUACCUAUGACUAUUGCAGCGAGCCCGCAAGGGGUUGCGUUGCACUCACCCUCUGGCAGCAUUCUGGCAGCUGGGCUCCCAAACCGAACCUGUUGAAAUAAUGUAUGUAUCCACUUUUCAUGGCUCAUUAGAAAGAUUAUACUACUGUACCUCAUUUAUACCAUAUUUCAGGCAAGCUUAAUGUGUGUACACACGGUGAGAUUCGGGCUGACCCCGAUUCUCACUAUGGGAUAGGGGCUAGGUCGGUAUCACAAGCACAUAAUGGGGGAGAUUCAAAUGUUUCAAAAGUCAGUUGGGAGUCUGUUUCUUCCUAUCUAAUAGACAGGAAAAAAACAGAUACCCAACCGACUUUUAAAACAUUUGAAUCACCCCCAAUGAGAGUGCUUGCAAAAUUGACUAUGUGCGAUUUUGGCUAAGUGUCAAUUUUGACUAUCUUUUCUACAAGAUAGUCAAAAUUGACUUGCCUGCACAGUCUAGCUAUGCUUGCGAUACCAAACACGCAUCAGCAUCGCAAGGUGACUUUCACCUUGCGAUCUGCACUAACUUUUCUUACGAUUUUGACUAUAUAGUCAAAAUCGUUAGAAAAUAUGUACAUACCAUUAUGUUGAGUAAUAAUGAAUGAUUUUCUGUGCCCAUAAAGCUUGGAUUAUUGCUCAGUAGCCAUUAAAAGGAGUCAGUAAAAUGCUUUGGAAUGGCAUUAACUAAACCGGGAAGGUAAAUAUUCAUUUUUAAGAUAAGUUUUGUCAAGAGUAACUUGGCAAAAAAACAUUCUUUGGUAAUGUUAAUUGAAACCAGCGUCUUCCCUCCAAUAGUAAUCAGCACUUGCGGGCAAAGGGUGCAUGUUGCCACAGCAAUGGCAUGGAACACUGGCAACGAAACUGCUUCUCACCCCGCACAAAUUUAUAUACAGCCCUAUGGGGUUGCAAACAAAUAUGUGCAAGUAAGAAGUGCGGCAGUCGCAGCACUAACUUGCGGGGGUAAAAACAUCACCUGAUAACUGGAUUAACACCUAGUGGCUUUUACUAUUGUAAAUAUACUUUUCAGCUUAGUAACACUAGCCUAUAUCAUUGUAAAUGGUGGUUGCUGAUGUCUUAUCAGUUCCUCUAGAUGUUAUUUCUCAUAAUGCCAUGUAUUUUUACCAUCUGAAUUUAGUUUAAUGGUCUUUUAGGCUACGGCCACACAUAGCUGGCAAGAAACGGGACCCGCUUGAAAGGAAGGAGAGUGCACGUGGGCGCCUAUGCAGGUGCCCACAGAUGUGCGUCAGUCCCGCCGUCGCCGGGUCCGACCGGAGAAUGCUGCAGUUGUGCCGGACGGCAGGACAAAGGGAUUUAAAAGUAUGUGUUCACACAGUGUGGCUGUGCCGGAAUGUGUUACAUUGAAAUUCUGUGUGUCACUGGCCGGAUCCUGUUCUGCGGCAUCCCGCAGAACAGGAUCCGUGUGAACACAAAACCCCCCUCCCGCUCAAGCGGGUCCCAGCCUAAGACGACCGUAACAAAUACUGCUAGCUGCUGACUGUUCAACCUGCCUUUACCAUAGCACGCCAACUUUAUAAGAGCUCUUGUCAGAUAAUGUUAAUGCUGCAUUAAGCUAGUUUGGUCAUUAGAAACUUAACACAAUAAGUAAUUUUGAGGAGGUCACAAGUCAACUUGACUAUAUUUAGAUAUCUCUGUCAAAAUGUUUAAUCCUACAUUUAGCUCCCAUUAAUUACAAGUUAUAAGCACAAUUUCAUGCACUUUUACAAGGGAGCUACUGCAUCAGAUUCUCAGUGUCACAAACACUCCUAAGGAGUCAGGUUCUCUUGGAUGCAGAAGAGCUUUGUGAAUGUGAUCACACUAAUUGCAGUGGGAACGGUGACAUGUACAAAAAAUAGUUCUUGGAAUGGGAUUUGUAUAGUCCCUGAAUGUUCAAUGUACUUUCCAUGCUAUCACAUUUUUGGAAACAAUCAGCAUUGAAAGUCAGAUAUGUGGGGAAACCAUACUAACACAUCCCAUCAAUUCUGUGAAACAUGGGUGAGCAGGCUGUUGGGUUUUAAUGGAAAAGCUGGUAGAAUAAUGGCCUGCUCACGCUGCCAGCUGCUGCUAAUGCUUCUCCUAAAGUGCCUGUGUCGUUCCUUCAUGACUGCCAGAUUGCGCUCAUAUAGUGUGGAAAAAUACUGGUAAUACACAUGAAGCUCUGUUAAAUUUUAAUGAAUUUACCUUAAAUUUUUUAAAUAAAGGCAAUGUUAAAUAUAUUAAAGAUAAAUGACAUUUAUUAAUGUGCUGUCAUUUUAAAAUGGUUUUAUUCAUGUUCUUACAGUAUUAAUAUUUUCCUAUGAAAAACGCAUUGUUAUAUUGUUUGUAAACAUUGCUAAUCGUUAUGAUGUAUAUUUUAUAUUACUACUUUAUAU